AGGGUCACCGAAAAAUACGCGGCGUGACGACGUGUGACUCGGUGAAGCAGCGCGAUCACGUAUUGACAUUUUGUUUGCCGCCACUGGAUUUUGAAAAGUUCAAAACCUUUUGGCGACACGGAUAAAUUGCCGAAAAAAUCGCCAAGUGGGACUGGCCCUUUACUCCAGCAUUUUGUGUCUACCCUCCGCGCCGUUGGUUGCUCGGUUUCCGCUCUUGUUUUCCCUAACGCUCGACUUUCCCAGUUAUGAUUAGCCGGACGCUAGGCCCAGAGUUCGGCGGGAGUAUCGGGCUGAUGUUCUUCCUCGCCAACGUCUGCUCCUGUGCCGUUUACAUCCUGGGAUUGGUGGAAGCUGUCCUGGAUGUGUUCGGAGAGCUCCCAAACGCAGCAGAAACGGGGCACAGAGGCGUCCACGUUCUCCCGCAGAGCUACCUGUACGAUGUCCUGUACGCAUCUGCCAUCCUGCUGCUCUGCCUGCUGGUUUGCCUGGUCGGGGCCCAGAUCUACGCCAAGACCAGCUUCCUCAUCUUCCUGAUGGUCCACGUGGUCCUCAUCACCAUCUUCGUCAGCUUCUUUGCCGUCGCCCCCAAGACCAUCUGGAUCGUCAAGCAGUCGGGUAACACCAGCCAGACCAUCCUCACCAACUACACAGGGUUCAACCUGGCCACGCUGAAACGCAACUUCAUGGACGAUUACUCUGUGGAUUACACCACUGGGUCCGUUAUGACAUUUGCCACGGUGUUUGCUGUGAUGUUCAACGGCUGCACUGGCAUCAUGGCCGGAUCCAACAUGUCAGGCGAUCUGAAGAAUCCCAGCUAUGCCAUUCCUAAAGGGACCAUCAUUGCGGUGAUAUACACCUUGCUGGUGUACCUGCUCCUCUUCCUCAUGGUCAGCUUCACCUGCGACAGGGUCCUUCUCCAAGAAGAUUACGGCUUCUUCCGGCAGAUCAACAUCUGGCCGCCGUUCGUGGUCAUCGGGGUGUACGGCGCUUCGCUCUCCGCCUCCAUGAGCACGCUGAUCGGAGCGUCGCGGAUCCUACACGCCCUGGCUUGGGACGACCUGUUUGGUGUAUUGCUGUCCCCAGCCAAGAGAACGUCCAAGACAGGAAACCCUUGGGUGGCUGUCCUAUACACCUGGCUCUUGGUUCAGUUCGUGCUGUUUGCAGGGAAGUUGAACACCAUCGCUGGGAUUGUCACAAUCUUCUUCCUCAUGGCCUACGCUGCUGUGGACCUCGCUUGCUUAUCUCUGGAGUGGGCCUCUGCUCCCAACUUCAGACCAACGUUCCAGCUCUUCAGCUGGCAUACGUGUUUGCUGGGGAUCGUCGGGUGCCUGGUGAUGAUGUUCUUGAUCAAUCCCGUCUACGCAUCCUGCGGGAUUGUCCUGAUGCUGAUCCUGCUGGUGGUCAUACACUACCGAUCUCCCACCAGUAGUUGGGGCUACAUCAGCCAAGCCCUUAUAUUUCACCAGGUGAGGAAGUACCUGUUGCUUCUGGACGUCCGCAAGGAACACGUCAAGUUCUGGAGGCCCCAGAUACUGCUGAUGGUGGCCAAUCCACGCACCAGCGCCCAGCUCAUCACCUUCAUCAACGACCUGAAGAAAGGGGGCCUCUUUGUCCUGGGCCACGUGGAGAUCGGAGAUCUCGAUACCCUACCGUCAGAUCCCAUCCAUCCACAGUACAACUUCUGGCUGAGCCUCGUGGACAAGUUGAACGUGAAGGCCUUUGUGGAUCUGACCUUGUCUCCCUCGGUACGCCAAGGAGUCCAACAUUUGCUCCGCAUAACUGGACUGGGUGGGAUGAAGCCUAACACGCUGGUCCUGGGCUUCUACGACCAGUGCGUGCCCGACGACUACUUCCUGUGCGACCCCGCCUUCCAGGACACCAAGGAGAACGACCAUUUUGGCGUUGACGUCGCCUCGCUGCAGGCCCACUUCCCCCCCGUGCGUGGUCGAGAGACCAGCAAAAGUUUGAGCGAGCGCGAGUACGUGGCCAUCGUCUCCGACGCGCUCAAGAUGCAGAAGAACGUGUGCCUGGCCCGCUACUUCAACGCCAUGAACAAGAAGGACCUGUUCGCCAAGACCCGGCCCGAGCAGGUAUCCAUCGACGUGUGGCCCCUGGACCUCCUGUGGCCCGAUAGCAGCCACUAUGUGGACGUCUGUAGCCUCUUCCUCCUGCAGAUGGCCUGCGUCCUGACCAUGGUCUUCUCCUGGAAGGGGGCACGACUGCGCAUCUUCCUGUGCAUCGAGUCGGGCGACGAGAGUUGGGUGAAGAAGGAGGAGAAGUUGCAGGAGCUGCUGGACAAACUCCGCAUCAAGGCCACCAUCAAGAUCGUCAUCUGGGACGAGGUGGUGGCCCUGCAUUGGCGCCACCAGCUCUCCCCGCAGGAGCAGGAGGCCGGCCGCGACUCGUCCCUGGUCUCCGACGACUAUCUCCGCGCCGCCAACCGGAUGGUGCUGGAACAAUGCUACCACACAGCCGUGCGGUUCCUCUACCUCCCCCGGCCUCCCGCCGACACCGCCCACUCCCUGCGGUACCUCCAGCAGUUGGACAUUCUCACCGAGGGUCUGGGACCCACCCUCCUCAUCCACGGACUCACCCCGGUCACCUGCACUGACCUGUAGAGCAAAGUUGGUGUGGGGGAGGGGGACGGGAAUGGCCAGCGAUUUGACUGGACGCACCAUCGCCUGGAACCGCAUCACAGAGACCCUUCUUAGACAUUUAAAAAGAGCGCUCGCAUUAAUAUUUAUAUUUAAAGAAUUUGAACAACAUUGUGUAACUUGCAUUUAAAUGAUUUUUUUUUUUGGAGGGGGGGGGGGGUUCUAACUUAUUAAAAUGGAUAUGCAAUGUUUGCCCUGUGUUGACGUUACUUUGAUGCAGACGGCCAUGUGCAAAGAUCCUAUAGCGGAGCAAGAUAGACCACUCCUGCUAAAUGCAAUGGGCUGACGUGUAGUAUGCAACGGAGCAGAACGUCGGCCAUUUCAGUAACCCCGACCCGACUCGCAGUGUAAUUAACGUUGCGGGGGAACAGUUUGUGUUAAUAAAUUAAAUUUCUGAAAAUGAGAAGAUUUUUACCCAAUAACUUUUAUUUUUACGAGGAUGUUUCCGUAACCGGCUUACGUCUCCGCGCUAGUAUCCUGCGGGAUCUUUGGUGCGGAGACGGAAGCCGGUUACGGAAAUGGGGCGGAGAAUCACCCGUGAAUCUGCCCAUGACCGUACUACGUCUUGUUCCUCAAGUGGACCAUCUUGGUCGCUGUAGGAUCUUUGGCCAUGUGUUGGUGGCCAACCCCUUCAGCUUGGUGCUGCCCUCUCCUGGGGGAAACUGGUAAGGUAGUCGUGGCACAGCUUGUAGAGGCACUGCUUGCAGCAACAGAGACCUGGGUUCAAUCCUGACCUCUGUGUGUGUGUGUGUGUGUGUGU